UCCCGCACACAGCUGCCCCUAGCGGCGGCUGUAGUGAAUAACCAGCGAUCCGUUGUUGCUCAGGUAACCGCUUGGCUUAUACGAGAGAUAACAGUGAGCGCAGAGCGGAGGAGAACGGGAGCGGAGCGGAGUCUUUCUUCGGAACGAUAUACUACCCUGUGUCCUCUCUUGCAUCCAGCCAACGCACACUGACGAUGCCAGGUUACGUUGCGAACCCCCAUCAGUACCCAUCUACGCCUCUUCUCGCACUGUCACAAAAUGGCAGCCUCCUUCACAGUUUUAGGUUUCGUCCACGUAAGGAUCUUAUUGACUGGAGGCGUUUCAGUGCCAUCGAUGUGGACAGAGUGGCCUAUGAGUUAGACAUAUCUACACUGCAAGAGACGGUCAGCACAGUGACCUUCUGUAAUCUGGAUAAUGAAAAGUGUCCGUACUGUCAGCAGCCGGUGGACCCCGUGUUACUGAAAGUCCUUAAGCUUGCACAACUGACUAUUGAAUACCUUCUUCAGUGCCAGGAAUUUCUCUGCAACAAUGUCACCCAGUUAGAAGAUCAGGUUCAGAAAGCUAUCGGUGAACAUCAGAAAACUAAGGAGGACAUGGUCAAGCUAGGCGAGGAGUUAAGAAAGGUUAAGGAGGAGAACAAGAUAAGGAAGAAGCUGUUCGAAGCCCAACAGACCAUGUUCAAGGGCGACGUCAACAAUUAUCAUAAAUGCCAGCUAUGUGAUAAAGCCUUCAUGACCUACUACCAUCUCCAGGAGCAUCAUAAGCGCAGACACCCUGAAGCUGCAGAGCAUGAAAAACAAAAGAAGAGGCAGGUGGAUGAUAUCCAAGAAGGCAUCCAGGAGCUGAAGAGCACGCUGGUGAAGACUCAGUCCCAGCUGGAGGCAGAACGGGAGAUGGAACAUCAGCGCAGGAUACAGGAACUAGAGGAAAUGCGGAGAAAGGAGGAAGGUAUGAUAAGAGAUUUUGAAAGAUGGAAAGAAGAAGAAAGAGGGAAGCUUCAGAAUGAGAUGGGUAAACUGAGACAGCAGCUUGUAUCUCAGUUUGAAGACAUUGCUCAUAAAAACACAGCGAGAUUCCAGGACAUGGAGAGUAAAAUAUCAGGGACCUCCAAUCUUGGGGACCUCCUGGAUGAUGAGGACCGUCAUGAAAGGAAAAGGAUGCAGAGAGAUCUUCAAAAUAUGAAGGAAGAUCUAGAGAGACAGAAGGCAGAAUGGAAGAGGAAGAUCAAAGAAAUGAAGACAAGUCACAAUGUAGAGAGGGAAGAAUUCAUGAAUGAGAAUAAACGUCUCAGAGCUUCCUUGUCCAGUGACCAGAAGGCAAGAGAUGAGCAGUUUGAGUCCGCUGUACAGACGCUGCAGUCUACAGUAAGGAGUCAGGAAAAAGUCAUCAAGUCCCAGGAGAAGAAAUUAAGAGAACUGAGCACAAGCAGAGAAAUCAAAGAGGUGCCCCAGGUUGCACAAGUGGUUUUACCAGUGAGAGAAGUGAAACAAGAAUCAAGUGAAGAGUCAAGUAAUGAUGAUGCAUCUCUACAUCAAAGAAUGAGAAAGAUUGACACUUUAAGAAAGGACCCCAAUUUUGCCAAGCAGUUCCGCCCUAUCUUGAAUGAGGCAUUGCUGGAGAAGCUUGAAAGCAUGGGUGUGAAAAAGGGUUCAAAAGGAAUUCCCUUAUCCGUCUACAAGGAACUGAGGUCUGUGUUGACAAAGCAAUACCAGCAAAAAAUGAAGAAUUUGCCUGAAAUUCAGACCGAGAGGGCAAGGAUGGAAAAACUUCUGAACAGACAAGUGAAGAAACAGAAUAAAAUUUCGCAAAAAGAAAUGUUACUGUCCACCGCCUCGCAGCUUUCAACAACAGUUCAGAGCCCAAGGAGUCCACGUUUUGUCACUUCCUCUGGAUUCACAGAACUAGGUAGCAAUGUGAGAAUGGUUGCAUCUUCAAAAUCUCUCCCAAAGGGGUCAGACGGUGAGAACGUGGGCAAGCCCAUUAAUGUCUCCCCACAGGCAAGGACACCUCCAUUUACCUCAGAAGAAGACUCAUCAAUGUUAAACCAUUCGCCUUUCCCUACUCCUAAACCCAGGAGUAAUCUGAACUCUCAGGUCACGGCUAUAGCACAAAAACAAGCUACAGAAAGCAGUGAUGAGGACUGGUCGGAUGAUUCGGAGAUCUCUCCAGGAAAGCCGAGCCCCAGAGUGGUCAGCUUCUCUAAAGACACAGCGAACCAAGGGUCUGUGGUUCAAUCUAUGGCUCGAAGCCUGGAAAGACAACUAUCAAAGAAAAGAGAGAAACCCUAUGGUGGAAUAGAUACCGUUUCUUCUACUUUACAGUCCACAAAAGCAUCUGAAAUAAGAAAAUAUGAGUCAUGGGAUGACAGUGACUCUGAAAUUUCAUCUUUGGAAGAAAUCACCGAUAACCUGGACAUCAGUCCUAGAAAACCUCAGCCUGCUUUACGACAAAGCGCAGAAUCCACAGGCUCACAUGGAACCAGUAUCUGGAGCUCCACAAGUGCCAAAGGCUGGUAACACAGAAGACUUUGAGGAUUUAUUUUUAUUUCCUUUUUUUGUAAAUCUAUGAAAAUAUGGACGCUAGAGUUCUAAUGUGCAAUAUUUCUAUUGAGCAACAAUGUAUUGCAGCAGAAACCAAAAAGAAUCCUAAUGGCUAAACAUUGGUGUCAGCUUACCCUAAAUCAGUGUUCCCCAACCAGCAUGCCUCCAGCUGUUGCAAAACUACCACUACAAAUUGUAGUUUUGUAACAGCUGGAGGCACGCUGGUUGGGAAGCACUGCCUCCAAUUAUCCUUAUCGUCUUUGAAGAAUCUAGACCGCAUUGUACAGUACAGUAUCUUGAUAUCAGAUGGUUUCCACAUUUUUCAAAAGGAAAAAAAAAAUGGGCUGUAUUUAUUUUACUUUAAGACACAAGAGGCCUCUGCCAAUAGGCAGCUCUGAGGCAAUGGCAUUUACCAAAGGGGAAACUUGCCAAUGAACAUUUCGUUUUGCUAUGUAUAAAUAUUUAUAUCAGGCAUUCACAGUGCUGUAAGACAGUGUUUUCUAAACAGUGUGUCUCCAGCUGUUGCGAAUCCACAACUCCCAGCAUGCCCAGACAGCCAAAGGUUUACUGGGAAUGCUGGCAGUUGUUGUUUUGAAACAGCUGGAGGCACCCUGUUUGGAAAAUACUGCUGAAAGAGAGAGUGGACACUAAGGAGCUAUAAGAGAAAGGCUGCUAGGGGCGUUGGAUGUUGGAAGAAGUGCACUACAAGGAUCCCCUACAUUUUUUAAGAAUGAAUGAGACAAAGCUGCAAAACAAAUAUGACGGGGCAGGUACAAGCCCGUCUGGAGUGCCCAUUGCGCAAAAGUGUGCUACUUUCACAAAAGUGGCACGUCAUAAAUCAGCGUCUAAACUGUGCACCUAGGAAACCAUGUCCACAAAACACCCACUGGGUUCUCCGGUGCAGAAAGCCAUAUACAGCAGCGAAAGUCGCUUCAUAAAUGCGGCAGGGCUUUAAAAAUAUAAACAACCCCCUUAGUUCUUUAAGGUGGAGAUCAGUCAAACCUAUAGCAACCAAUCAGAUUGCUUCUUUAAUUUCUCAGAGGCCUUUUUAAUCAUUAAAGAGUACCUGUCACCAAACUAAACUUUUAAUAUAUUGUUCCUUAUGUAAUUAUAAGACACUUUGCUGUUUAAAUUCUCAACCUUUAUAUGUUUUUAAUGUGAUUGAAAAAAACGGCCACUAGGUGGCUCUGUUCUGUUCCUUGCGCAAGUCAAACAGACAGUUUGCUCUCCUCCCGGCCUGGCAGGAGACCAAACUCAGGAAGUGCGUACAGGGCAUGGCGAGGCACAGCUCCCACAGGCUUCUGUGACAUCAUGCUUGCUGGGGAACACCCACUUUCCCCUGCCAGGAGCUCACACAAUGUGAGCAAGGGGAAAGGUAUGAUACACAGCUUUUUAAAGCUGGGAAAACAUUUUUUAAAGGACAGGAGGGGUGUUACGAGUAGUUAGGGAAUACAAUCUGAGUUAGUUUAGAAAAUCUGGUUUGAUGACAGGUUCUCUUAAAAUAAGCGAUCUGUUUGGUUGUUAUGGGCAACUGCUCCACUUUUACACAGUUUUUGAUAAACUUUUCCCCUAAGUAUUUCUUGGUAGGUUUUUAUGGUUAAGAGCUUCUAUGGUACUCACGAGGGCAGGUGAUGUAGUGCAGGCUAGCUGGGGGUAGUAGUCCCUAUGACAAAGUCUUUUGUGAUGUCACGUGAUCCAGCAUAAGGGCCCUCCAGCAGGGCAGCACCAGAUUAAAAAGCAAUGCGUGCACCAUGUUUUGAUUUAGCACAACUGCGCCAAAUGGAAAGACAGACAGAUGUGAACCUGUAUGCAUCGGGUAAAUACUGUACUUUUUAUCAUACUUUUCAUAGGAAUGGAAAGAAGUAAUGUGCUGCAGUACAAACUUUUCCCUCCUUUUCUACAGAUAUAUUUAGAAAGUUGUUUAUUAUAAUAUUAAUAUAAUAUUUUAGCCUAUUUUAUUAUCAAAAUACACUUGAAUGUUCAUGGUAAUAUAUCAAAUGUUUUUUUUUUAUACCUAUAUACUUUAUCAGUUGUUUCCUUUUUCUGUAACUGGAAUAAGAGCUAGGCUAGAAAAAGUCAAUAGGGAUUUAUGAAAUGCCAUACCCACUUGGUGUUUUUGUCUUUUGUCCUUGGCGUUUUUAUUUUUCUUCUCAUAAAGAAAAUACCCCAUACCCAAUAUUAAAGAUGGGAACUUGACUUUCCUUUGUGUAUUAAAAAAAAAAUGUAAUCGUUUAACCCUUGACAUUUCUUGGUGGAUGUUCUGCAAAAGGCAGAUGCCGGCAGAACAUGCUGGCUCAAGGACUGCUCAGAAAUUCGUCUUCCCCAUAGAUGACAAUGCAUUACCUUUAGGGUAUGGUCACACUUAAUGUAUCCGCAGCAUACUUGACACUGCGGAUGCACUGAUGACCAUCCCUAGAGUGUGUUUCCUGCUGUGCCCUGUGUGUCCUGCGUUAUCUGCUCGAAGCAGAAAUCCACCGCUACCAGCAGACACACAGGGAUCUGCAAGUUACACGCAUGCGCACUGUGCAGUUUACUCACAUACAUCACGACCACUCUGCAUAUGCAGGGGGACACUGCACAUGCGUGCAACUCGCAGAUCCCUGUAUGUCUGCUCAUAGCGGUGGAUUGCUGCUUUGAGCAGACAACGCAGGAGGCACAGCUGGAGGCUCACUCUAGGGAUGGUCAUCAGCGCAUCUGCAGUGUCAAAUAUGCUGCCGAUGCGCUACGUGUGACCCUUCCCUAUAAGUGUAUAAGCACAAAUGGCAGAUUUGAUUCAGAAAUUUCUGUGACUAAAACAAUUUAUUCCAUUCAUCUGUGCCUCUGAAAUGUUACCUGUCUGUAUCUUAUCUGUCUAGCCUGAGACUGUUAAAUGCUCAUUCUAUGACUUUUUAUAUUAAAUCUAUAUUUUUCUAUUUUUGUAAUCACAGUGCUGGGUAUAGAUAUUUUGUAUCCUUGCUGGUUUUAGUGUGUUUAUAUUUUCAUACAAAUAAAGCUAUUUCACUUUUG